AACGUCAUUCCUUCAGUCGUUCUACGCCGUCUCCACCCUUUGGAGUCCAUUGGUUCCCGAGUAAUGUUAUUGUUAACCAGCUUGAUUGGCCAACCGACCAAUCAUUCAUAUUUGAAUCUACCUUGGGUGUUUAACGCCUUUUUAAUCUUCCACGCGCAAAUAUUACAGUCAAGUCGCUUGGCAAAGCAUGAUUAACGCUAUGUAUUCGACAAGCAGCCAGGUCACAAUUUUUUUGCAAUGAACGCUUGUUGACCGCACGUGUAGGAAAAUGGCGAGUUUUGCGCAGGCGCAUUAAGAAGUUCCACCUGCCACUGAGAACACGUGAAAUGGCGGGCAGGACUAGGCAGUGAAUCUACGGCGCCUGCGUGUUGGCGGGAGUUGGUCCUAGCUUUGCGCAUGCGUAGUGGGCGGAGAAAAAAGGUCCGGUCCCAGGAUUGGUUGCGCAGGCGCAGGGAAGGAUCCGUUUUGGCGGGCGGUUGGCGUUGCGCAGAAGGCGGCGGCGGUGGUGGCUUGUGGUGCGGCCUCACCAUACAGGAACAGGGCAGACGUUAGCGUGAGUGAUCACUCUCAAUCCCGGGGACCCGGUGGCCUUAGUCUUUCAGGUGGAACGGUGUGCGACAUGGGAAAGAAAACCAAGCGGACAGCUGACAGUUCUUCUUCAGAGGAUGAGGAGGAGUACGUUGUGGAGAAGGUGCUAGACAGGCGCGUGGUUAAGGGACAAGUGGAAUAUCUACUGAAGUGGAAAGGCUUUUCUGAGGAGCACAAUACUUGGGAACCUGAGAAAAACUUGGAUUGCCCUGAGCUAAUUUCUGAAUUUAUGAAAAAGUAUAAGAAGAUGAAGGAGGGUGAAAAUAAUAAACCCAGGGAGAAGUCAGAAAGUAACAAGAGGAAAUCCAAUUUCUCAAACAGUGCUGAUGAUAUCAAAUCUAAAAAAAAGAGAGAGCAGAGCAAUGAUAUCGCUCGGGGCUUUGAGAGAGGACUGGAACCAGAAAAGAUCAUUGGGGCAACAGAUUCCUGUGGUGAUUUAAUGUUCCUAAUGAAAUGGAAAGAUACAGAUGAAGCUGACCUGGUUCUUGCAAAAGAAGCUAAUGUGAAAUGUCCACAAAUUGUGAUAGCAUUUUAUGAAGAGAGACUGACAUGGCAUGCAUAUCCUGAGGAUGCGGAAAACAAAGAGAAAGAAACAGCAAAGAGCUAAAGGAGGCGAUGGUCUCUGUCAUUUCUCUUUGUACAUAAUACAUUCACCUCCCUGCCUCCUCUCCUUUCUACCCACCCCUUUCUAUCCUAAACACAUCCAUAAAAAAUGUGCUUAUCACUGUGCUCCACAGGAGAAAUGUUGGUAUUGGUUCUCUUGUAACAUAACUGAUGGUCUGAUUAAUGAUAAGUGUCUCUCUGUGAAGACCAGGCAUUUACAUAGAGUGUAAUACCCACAAUUUUUUUUUCCUUUGCCCUGAUCUCUUCCUUCUGCUCCCCUGUGACCUCAAGAUGAGUUUUAACUUUUUAAUCACCUUAGAGUCUUGAUCUUUUCAGGGUUGGUCGCUUUUUAGAUUGGGGGAUUUUGUUACAAUGAUGUUGAAUUUUGGUUUCUUGCUUUGGUUCUUAGAACAUGCUGCUGACUAGCUGGCCUUUGUUCUGACAUGUUGAGAUGGAAAGGAUGUUUUGCCCAUCUGUUAAAAAGCUAAUAGCAACUGCCUACCUGUUGGGGCUUUCCCAACCUUGUUCAGCUCUACCCAGGAGAAUACAGGGUUUCUGGUGUGGUCUUCCGGGCCACCUUUUGUUGUUCAUCCUCACUCAUCCUCCCAGAAUUACUCCAUCCUUUGGAAGAUUUGAAAUUUUACACUGAAAUUUGUCAAGACACUCUUUUUGCCCCAGGACUUUUGGUAUCGCUUUUAGCACUCCCUACUUCUGCUUCUGUAAAGUGAUAUCAAUUUGUGAUAAAAUGACAAGAUUAUUAACUGUGGAGAUUUUUAGCUAUAGUACAUGAGGAUGAUGGGGUAGGGUACAAUUGUCUUUAUUAUCACAUAUGGUAUGUAUGUAUGAUUUCUUUCCAUUCCUCAUAUUUAGACUGUAUAUUUAUGUAGGUGUGAGUGAUUGCCUGGUGCUUGCUUGUGCCAAGGUGCUAGGCACCCUCCAACCCUGCCAACUUUUGUGGCCUCCCAAAGCAUUCCUGUUACCAAAGAGGCUUCAAACCUGACCCUCACUUCUCAGUGGACCCGAGUUUCCUUUCCAUGCCAUUAUUUUCGAUGGGGAAGUUUUAGAGGUGAGCUGUUGGCCACAAUACCAAUUUUAAGUGUUCAUAGCAGUUAUGUCUCCUGCAUUCUUGGCUCCUGGAUUUACCAUCAAGAGUCCCCAAAAUAUUAAUGCUCUUCCCUUUUUCUACCCUCAAACUUAUAGUUGUAUCUUAUUUUUUAAAAUGAAUUUUCAUGGCCAGGCACAGUGGCUACCGCCUGUAAUCUCAGCACUUUGGGAGGCUGAGGCAGGAGAAUUGCUUGAAGCCAGAAGUUUGAGACCAGCCUGGACAAUGUAGUGAGACCCCCUGUUUCUAAAAAAUAUAAAUAAAAAUAAAGGCAUGUUCCUGAAAGACUGUCACCUUGGAAAGUGACAGGCCCUAGCAUUAGCAUGUUGACACAACCUUUUCUCCUUACUCAGCAAAAUACUUCGUUUUGGCUUCUUCUUGCGUUGCUAUUAUAUUGAGAAAUUUGUCUGAUCAUAUCCUUCUGCCUUUGUCGCCCAAGAAAUGCCCUACUUUAUCCUUUUCUUUUUGUAGUUGAGGAGGGCUAGAGAAUCACCAUUAAAAGUAAGGAAAUAGCAGGGUUUUGAGGAUCCUUGUCCCAGCCCCAAAGCUGAGGAAAUAAGAAUAAAUGCUUAAUAUAGCCUUAAUUCUAGAGCGCACUAGCCAUGAGGCUGCUUUUCUUGUUGCUUUUGAUUUUUAAAACAUACAGCUGUCUGGCCAGGAGCAUCUACCAUUUCUAGAUUAUUCACAGUAAUGAGGGGAAUGGAUGGAUUGCUCCAGUCCACAGAUGAGCCACAUAAUAUGCAAAUCAUAUACCCAUUCAUAGCAUUUGUUAACAUUGCUUCCCUGCUCAGCUGCUGAUUGAAUUCUGUGUGCUUAUAUAAAUUAUGUCAAAAAUUAUACUGCAUAAUUGAGGUGACAGCUGUUGCUGCAGUGACAUGACAGACUGGAACAAUGAAGCUUUUGGUUUAAGUCAGCCAGGAAAAUCCUUCUGAAUGGUAAUGUGAUUGGGCAAGAGCUCAUAAACCAUACCUCAAGUGGGUGGGAGUUUUAUCUCUAUAUUCUUUCUCUCUCUGAAGGAAUUAAAGGCCUAGAUCAAGUGCUGGAUAAUUGACAAUUGCUUGUACUUAAUCUGAUCGGUAUCUAAAAGAAGGAAAGAAUGGUCAGGAAACAGAUUUAUCAUAAAUGUAGCCAAGGAUAUCAGUUAGGACAAGAAUAGGACAAAAAUAGGCCAGAGCUCCUGAGGAGGUGAUUUGGGUCACUUGAUUUGCAGAAAAUGACAGCCUAUCCAAGUGGCCCAGUGUAUGCCUCCCAGUAGCAGUGGGCAUGUAAACUGCAGCGACCAUAUUUUUAAAACCAAAAACCUAGUAUGUGGACAAAGAACAUGACAAUAUUUGGUACUGAGAUUGGUUCUGAGAAACCUGGGGCACGUGGCUGCUGUGGUUAUAGGUAAUAUUUAAGACAUUCAUAAAAAUCUGAUUUUUUUUUUUUUUUUUUUUUUUUUUGAGAUGGAGUCUUGCUCUGUAGCCCAAGCUGGAGUACAGUGGUGCAAUCUCAGCUCACUGCAAGCUCUGCCUCCCAGGUUCAGGCCAUUCUCCUGCCUUAGCCUCCCGAGUAGCUGGGACUACAGGCGCCCGCCACCAUGCCCGGCUCGUUUUUUGUACUUUUAGUAGAAACGGGGUUUCACCGUGUUAGCCAGGAUGGUCUCCAUCUCCUGACCUCAUGAUCCGCCCGCCUCGGCCUCCCAAAGUGCUAGGAUUACAGGCGUGAGCCACCGCGCCCGGCCAAAUCUGAUAUUCUUUUACUGAAAUAACCCCUGUAUCAUCUACUACUUAUCAUCUCUUUAAUAGACUUUACUCUGUCUUUUUUUGUCUUCGGUUUAUUGUACUGAGUGCCACCAAAACAACUUUUGUUCUCUUCCUGCCUACCUGCAGCUGGUUCUAUAGGAAUGUAGGGAGCCAGAGGCCAGUAUUGAUUUCAGCCCUUAGCACAAAGGAAAUCAGAUGCCUGCUUCCAGCAUUUGUUAGUGUUGAGUAGAUGUUCUUGCCCUAGAAGAAUUACAGCCUCAAACAGAAACCUGUUUCAUGGAGCUUUCUCCCCUCAGAAGAGUUAAUAGUUAAGAGCUAAGCACCCUUAAACACCUAGGUCUCAAAUGCUAAAAAUUUAUUUUUCUUGUGUUUAGUCCUCUUUCACAACAUCUUUCUAAUCCUUUCAGUAAUCAACGUUAAGAGAUCUCCCUUUCUUCAGAGUUAGUUAUAGCACAGCUUUGCCCAGUAGAGUCUACCAAGGACAGCUUAGCAGCUCUUUGAUCACUGGGCUGGGCAGAUGGCCUUCAAGUUAAGAUCAAAUGCCAGGAAAAUCAGCCUGCAUGGGAACACCCAUUUUAAACCUGGAGAGAACCAUGAUGUUUUCUUCUUUAUAUAACAAUCUAGUUUUUUUUCCCCCAGUACUAAAAUUGUAUUGUCUUUCAGACAAUAUAAUUUUUAUUUAAAAUUGGAACAUACUAUCUUCAUGCUUUCUAAGCUAAAUCUUAAUUUAGAUUUCACUCCUCAGUAGAUCCCAGAGGAGAAGCUAUGUAGGAUCCAGAUUCAAAUUUAACAGUGUCUUCUACUGUUUUAGUUAUGUUUUCUAUCAACUCCUGCUGCCUCUUCAAAUAAGGAUAUUUCUCAGGAGACUCUUCUACUUGUCCACUGACUGUAUUUUUUCCUUUUUGAUCUGUAGCCCUCGUUAAAUGGCUGACUGACAUCCUUCCGUGGAUGAUUCUUGGAGGUAGUCUCAGAAUUCCAAGGUGAUUGUCUGUCUUCCUCUUGUCUUGAUCCUAAUGCAGACAUUCACCUCUAUUAUUUAUUUAUUUUUUUUAGAUGGAGUCUCGCUCUGUCACCAGGCUGGAGUGCAGUGGCACAAUCUUGGCUUACUGCACCCUCCACCUCCUGGGUUCAAGCGAUCCUCCUGCCUCAGCCUCUCGAGUAGCUGGGAUUACAGGUGUGCGUCACCAUGCCCAGCUAAUUUUUGUAUUUUUGGUAGAGAUGGGGUUUUGCCAUGUUUGCCAGGAUGGUCUCAAUUUCUUGACCUCGUGAUCUGCCCACCUUGGCCUCCCAAAGUGCUGGUAUUAUAGGUGUGAGCCACCGUGCCUGGCCACCUCUAUUAAUUUUUGUGCACAAAAAUAAAAUUAUCAUUAUUUGUUUGCUCUCCUGGAGCACUUUCAGUAAUACAAUUUUUUAAAAUUCCAGUUGCCCUCUUUAUUGCUCUGUCCUCUGUAAUACCUGACUUUGCUAAAGACUUGAGGGGUGGUUUCAGAAGAGGGUCAGGUGAUGGGAAGGCAAGAUGAGAAAAGCCCUGGACUUGCAUGUUUGAGAAGGCUUCCAACCACAUCUUCACUCAGACUCUCGGAAUUCCUGUCCCCAAAACAAGCUUCUGUUUUUUGCUUACAAUGCUAUAUUUGUUUCCAAAUUUUUCCUGAAUUGCUGAGAAGCAUUCAUUAGCUUUGUUAAGUUUGGUUUGGGGACAUUGUUGGUAUCAAAAUCGAAGUCUUCUUCAUUUGAUGUAGGCCAUGGUUGCUGGAAAGCUGGACUACCAUCCACUGGGGUGCUAUUUUGAGAAGGAUUUUUGGGUAUCUUUUCUUUAUACUCUGCAAUUAGUUGAUGAUUGCUUUCUAGUUUAUCAACUGCAUUUAUAUUUGCUUUUCUGUUCAUGAAAAAUCCAUUAUUUGCUGGGGUUUUUUGUUUGUUUCUUUCUCCCACUUACAGCAAGUAAAAGUGGUCUGAGGUUAUCCUUGUUUUUCUUCGCAGUUUGCCAUGUGUGAAAGCAGUUUUCCUGCUAUUGAUAUAUUCUCAUUAUAGACAGAAUAGUGGAGAACAGUGUUGCCAUGGACAAAAUCCAGUUUUGGUCCACUCUGCGGAGCAUUUGGACCUGUGGUGCUUCUAACACUUAAAAGUCUAGAUGGUCCUUGACUGUCCCCCAGCCAUACCACAUCCUACUUUGUGCAUUCUACUUUGUGUCAUUAAUGAAGGAUUGGUCCUGUCCCCGUAACUUAGGUAUUUAUUAUUCUUAACUCUUCGUUCCUGUUCUGUAGCCACCCUGCAGUCCAUUUUCCCUAUGUUCAGGCCAAACCACAGGGCAUUGGGGAAGGUUUUUGGGAUUUUCAUAUUGAGAUUUUAUUGAAUCUGUAGUUUACCCCAGCUUUCCUAAGGUACAGUGAGGGGUUGGAGGGAUCCGUGUUUGGCCUGGGGAGCAAUUGUCCCUACCUUAAGAUUCAAUUUUGAGGGCAUAAAAUACUACUUUGCAAUGUCAUGAGAACCCCAUUAGAUCUGAAAUGUGGAAAUGGUUUCUCACAAUUUAAAGGAAAAACCCACUUUGCACCCAUGAUCCCAUCCUUUUGGUUGAGAUUUUAGAAUAAAAAUUAUAGUGUUAAGAUCCAUAUUUUUAUAAUCAGACCACCAAGCAUGCCUGUGGCAAGGCAGAGAGGAAAGGUCCGGAGCCAGAGUAUUGCAGUUUCAUGCCUCCUUUACCUACUAAUCAUAAAAAUUAUGUUUUCAAAAGUAGAUGAUACUAGCCUUACACCCAAAAACAUGUUCUGAAUUAGAUGCCCCUCUCACCCAAUUUUUAUUAAGCUUUCUAAAUUCCAGCCACAUUGCUGUACAUCAACAUUGAUUUCAUUCAACAGACAUUUUUUUGGCCUGAAGAUACAAAGUUCAGAAAGAGGCCAUCCCUGCCCUCAAAUAACUUUCAUACUGUUGUGUGAUGAACUGACCAUUAAUAGUUUCAGUGCUUACAAACUGUUUCUGUUAAAAAAAAAAAUAGUUUGGUAUAAUAAAUGCUAUAAACCAAUACACAUUUCUGACUUGGGGGCAGAGACAGACUGGCUGAUGUUGUAUAGUUUGUAGCCCUGGAGUAAGAAGUUGACAUUAAUUUUGGCUUAUAUGUGGAAAAGACCUAUAACAUUGGGUGAACUGAGCCAGCUGGCCAUAGAACACAAGAACAUAUUCCAGGAAAUAAAUAUAGCUGGAGGGUUGGAAAUGCCGUUAUUACUGAAAGAGAAAACAGGUGAGUUGGGAUUGAGAACUCCUCAUUUUUUUGUUUGAGACGGAGUCUCGCUUUUUCACCCAGGCUGGAGUGCAGUGGCUCAAUCUCGGCUCACUGCAAGCUCCGCCUUCUGGGUUCACGCCAUUCUCCUGCCUCAGCCUCUCCGAGUAGCUGGAACUACAGGCGCCCGCCACCAUGCCCGGCUAAUUUUUUGUAUUUUUAGUAGAGACGGGGUUUCACCAUGGUCUCGAUAUCCUGACCUCGUGAUCCACCCGCCUCGGCCUCCCAAAGUGCUGGGAUUACAAGCGUGAGCCACGGCGCCCAGCCGAGAACUCCUCAUUUUCAUCCCUGGUUUAGAUUCUUGGCCAAAGUAGUGGUAGAGUUAAUCUUUGCUUGUGGAAAGCAUUAACUAUGUUGCAGAUUGAGUUGUGUUACAUUAUUGUGGGUUCUAUAACAACAUAUUCCUUAUGGACACUUGACCAGAGUUGCUCACACCUUUUUCAAUUUCUCAUCCCUUUUGGAGAAGUGAACAUGAGACUUACUGCCUUUAAGCCUAAAACAGGGACAUGCUUUCCAAUGACAAGAGAUUUUCUAAAGAGAAGGCUUGGAGCACAUCUGUUAAUACCUGAGCAUCUACUCUGAGCAGUGCAGUUUUAUUCAAUAGUGAGGAGAGGGUGAUUUUUUUUUUUUUUUUUUUGAGACGGAGUUUAGCUCUGUCGCCCAGGCUGGAGUGCAGUGGCGCAAUCUCGGCUCACUGCAAGCUCCGCCUCCUGGGUUCACGCCAUUCUCCUGCCUCAGCCUCCUGAGGAGCUGGGACUACAGGCGCCUGCCACCACGCCCGGCUAAUUUUUUUAUUUUUAGUAGAGACGGGGUUUCACCAUGUUAGCCAGGAUGGUCUCGAUCUCCUGACCUCAUGAUCCACCCGCCUCGGCCUCCCAGAGUGCUGGGAUUACAGGCGUGAGCCACCGUGCCGGGCCGAGAGGGUGAUUUCUAAGCAGAGAAUUGUAUCAUUUAUGUGGAAACCUUUGCCAGAAAUACAUAUACCUUGUAUAUUAAAUCUGAGUCUCAGAUUUAAUCAUCGAAGCCUAGCUGGAUUAAGAAACAGCCUGAGCGUAAGGAUGUUGUCGAUUCUGACCCAUGGGUGACCACAAGAAAAAGAUAUUUAUUUCUGCCUGGAUAAUUGAGAGUUGACUAACUUUGGAAGUCAAAAUUCCCAGGAAUUAAGAGUAACUGUUCUGGAAAGUUAAAGUGUGAAGUUUUUUAGGUAGUUUCAUAAAAACAAUUCUGGUUUCUUUUUGCUUGUGCGGACUUUCUUGGAUUUUAAUCUACCUCAUCUUGUCUUUUUAGAGUUACUUCAACAUGUUGUCACUUUAACAUUGUGCUUGACUUUGGUUGUUUUCUAAGAUGGAAUUUUUCCUAUUCACUGACAGCUUGUUCUCUUGCCUUUUCAUUCUGAUCUUCAUUUCAUCUAACAUCAUCUCAUAUUGCUUCUCUGUCAAGAGAAAUGUUUUAAAAUAGUUUAAAGUCUUGUUUUAUGGGAAGAAAGUGAUCCUCCAAUGCUACUUGUUUCUGAGGUCAGUAAGAGAAGGAGUUAAAACAAGGCAGUGGGGAAGGGAAUGAAUCCUGCACUGGAGGCAAAAGCUGACAAGGAAAGAGCCAUUAAUUAAGACAAUUUCAAAGUCAACUGAUUGUGAUCAUUAAUGUCACAAUAGAUCAAAACCUAAUUAUCACAGCCUAGGUAAGAGCCAGCAGUAUUAAUCGGAAAAUCUAAUAGGAAACUAUUAUCAAGAAAUUGGGCCAAAUUGAAUGCAGUGAACUUUUUAUCUUGCCAUUCUCUAUUUUUUUGUGAUGUUCCCUGGCAUUGGCAGGUGUGACCCUAACAGUCGAUUCAAGGCCAAGUGGCCAGUUUGUCAACCUUUUUUAAGGGAUUUCUUUUUAGUUUUAGGAAUUCCAGAGUUAACCUAAACUGUCAUUGCCAAAAGAUCAGUCUUAAAGUUUCUUAGCACCUGUACCUGUUUAAUGUGAUCAGCUAUCAGUGACCAAAAAAAAAAAAAUCUGUUUAAGUCUUGGAAUGGUUCCUGUACCUAGAGUAUCCAUAUUGAACCUUUUUUUUUUUUUUUUUUUUUUUUUUUUUUUUUUUUUGAGAUAGAGUCUUGCUCUUUUGCCCAGGCGGGAGUGCAGUGGCGUGAUCUUGGCUCAUUGCAACCUCUGCCUCCCGGGUUCAAGCAGUUCUCUGCCUCAGCCUCCCGAGCAGCUGGGAUUAUAGGCGCCUGCCGCCACGCCCGGCUUAUUUUUGUAUUUUUAGUAGAGACGGGGUUCACCAUCUUGGCCAUGCUGGUCUUGAACUCCUGACCUUGUGAUCCACCCGCCUUGGCCACUCAAAGUGCUGGGAUUGCAGGCGUGAGCCAGCGCCCGGCCGCAGUAUCUUUAUUACAGCUCACUGCAGCCUCAAUUUCCUGGGCUCAAAUGAUCCUCCUGCCUCAGCCUCCCAAGUAGCUGGGACUACAGGGGCACACCACGGUGCCUGGCUAAUUUUAUUAUUUAAAAAUUUUUUUGUAGAGACAGAGUCUCCCUGUGUUGCCCAGGCUGGUCUCCAACUCCUAGGCUCAAAUGAUCCACCUGCCUCAGCCUCCCAAAGUGCUGGGGUUACAAGCAUGAGCCACCACACCCCGGCCCCUAGUGAACAUUUUACUGUAUGUGUUGAUAAAUCAUCUUUUGAGUUUCUGUUAUAUGUGGGGACUUGCUACACUGGCUGCUGUGAAGAGGUAUGGAAGAAAGGAGAGGCUUUCUGCCUAGAAAUUCUUUGAGAACACCUGAAAAGACAGUUUAAUGUCACAGCACUCUCAAGGCUCAAGUCAGUGUUUUCUGGUUUCCGGUAGCUUUAGGAUUGGAUUCUAAACCAGGGCUGGUGGUGGGUUUAGUGUCUGUCUCGUAUCACCCUCACCCCUCACCUCCUCAGUUUAGGAUAAGAGACAUAAUGAUUUCUACCAGAAUCCAAAGUAAAUCCAAAGGGGGAGAAAAUACAUAACUUUUUUCUUCUACCUUUUUUUUUUGUUAAAGAGUUACGUCUCUGGCAGGAGGAAAGAAUUCAAGAGUCUAUAUGAUUAGUUACAGAGAAUAUUUUCAUCCCCUCUCCCUGAAUAGAAAAGCAGGGGUCACCAUUUGUAUCUUUACCCUUGAGGUGUUUUUGAAGAUGCUGAAACUCUUGAAGUUGAGCUGAGGCAGAAAGGUUGGAAAAAUGCAGCCCUCUGGGUAUUGUGGGGAGGGAUGUGAUGUAGUAAGUGGGUGUUUUGUGGUGCUAGGAUUCCCACGCCACCAACCUUGCAGCUUUAUAAGAGCGCUACCAAGAACCACCACUGGGGAAAAGGUUCUUAUUCAUUGUUUCUGUUGGAAUGUGAUCUUGCUUUCUGGAUUUUAGGAAUUCAGGUUACUCAAUAUAAAACUUUGAGAAAUCAGUGUGACUUAGUCCUUCACCUCUUAAGAUAAAGUGAAUAUUUCUUUACAAAAGAAUUCAUGUCCUUAAUGUUAAAGAUGUAAUUUUAUUUUCAAAACAUCUAUAACAUGACUUUCAGAAGCAGUUCAUUUUUCCAAGAUUCCUUACAUUAUACUAGAUAAAUAAUAGGCCCUCAGUUAAUACCCUUCAGUUAUUGAAUUAAUCUAGUUUGCGGAAUGAGGUGUAUCCUGCCAAUUUCCCUCUGCUCCCAAGUAUACUCUGAGAAGUAAAAUGCUCUGGGAAAUGGAACAAAAAUUGAGUGGAUGCUGACUCUGUGUGCCCACCUCCUCAACUGAUUGAUAAUGGUUGACCUUGGGCAAGUCACUUCUUUCAAUGCCUCAGUUCCCCAUCUGUCAAAUGGGGUUAAUAAUACUGACCUACCUCACAGGGGUGUUGUUGUGAGGCAUUGUAAAUCCAAGUUAAUAGAAUACUUCAGGGUCCUCUGUGGAGGAUGUCUUGAGCUGGAGUUUAAGCCUGACACACAGGCUUUGGUCCUCACUGAGCUGUCUCCAAGACUGGAACUACUUAGUGACUCGGCAAAUUUUCUGCCCCCCACCCCUCAUCAAAGCUGCUAGUUCAGAUGUUGACAGUGUUUUCAUGAAUGUUGGAAUCUUACUAGUCCAGACUUACUUAGGAUGUUGUUGGGGAAGGCACUUGGGAUUUUCUGUGUCUUGCAUCCACAGAGGGAGGCCAUUUCAGAUUCAAGAGCAUUGGAUUAGAGAAUCGUGAGGCAGGGAUGCUACUGCUUAUUUCUCUCUGCAGGUUGGGGAUUAAAGUUCCAUUCCCCAUGGGUUUGAAGCAGACUCAGACUGUCUCAGGAUCAAAGCAACCCUCAAUGGUUUUGAUUUAUGUCAUUGCUUACCACUCCCCAACCAGUCCCAGGACAGCUGGGUCACUGUACCCCUUUGUGGUAUCUGUACCCGGGCCUCUCCUUCCUCAUAGGGACCAGCUGAUUGAAUAAAUGUGACCACCUUAUUUCUACCCGCCCCCCCCAAAAAAAAGCUACAUUGGAAUUAUUUUUCCUAGAAAUGUGUAUAACAUUCAGAAUUGGGCAUUGAUCCUUAAGGCUUCAUCCGAUUCACUGUAUUCAACAUCUGUCAUCUCUUAGUGUCUGCAGUCUGAACCUAACCUUGACCUUUUCUCCCUCUGGUUUGAGAAAACUUUGGACACUAUUUCUACUUGCCCAGGUGUGGGCUCAAGAGCCUUACUCUUUCCAUCUCAGUUUAGGGGCACAGCCAGCUCCUCUUCCCAAUAGGGCUCUUUCUGCUUUCCCUCUCCUUGGCCCUAGAUUUGUAAUCCAUGAAAAAGCACAAGGUCCUGGCUCCUUGCGGUCACAUUCUGGUUCUCUGUGUUUGUGGACUCUGCUCUCACUGUUCACCCAGCACUAGCAGUACCAGAUGGUUCUGUGGAGUCCUGGGGAAUGGAGAGAGCACAGUCUGACUCCCUGUCAAGUAGCCAGGAGUUGACUUGCCCAUGGUCCGCUGGCUUUCCCACCACUUCCUACAGGAUGGGAUCUAAGAGACUCAAGAGCUGGGUUUCUUUCAGCACUCUGUACUGUCCCAAGUAGCAAACAAAUCACUUUGUAGCCAGAUUUCUGAAUGGAAACGAGAAAUUGAAUUCUCCAUGGACUUUUAGGUUUAUGGGGAGUUUUGGUUGUGUUUCUUGGUUUUAUUUCAGCCAAACAUGUCUGCUUUAGAUUUUUUUUUUUAAUGUAUAAGUGGUCUAUAUAUAUGUUCACCUUUUAAAUGUAAAUGUUUAAAAAGUAAGCAUUUAUGUGUUUCCAUAACUGACAUCUGAUGCAGACCUCAUUCUCUCCCCCUCUUCUACCCUCCUCUUUUCCCCCUUUUCAUACUCUUGUAUUGGUUCUAAUAAAUGGUUGCUUUUCAAA